AUGGCAAUCUGUGAUGCAAACUAUUGCUUCACGAUUAUAGAUGUGGGGUCGUAUGGCAAGGAGAGUGAUUGCAACAUUUUUAAGAAAUCGUCAUUUGGAAAAAAAUUAUACGACGAUAAAGUCAAUUUUCCCCAACCUCAGUGUUUACCAGAAGAUGAUGGUGGUAUUCCUCAACUUUACGUAAUAGUUGGUGACGAAGCGUUUGCUCUUCAUAGAAACCUUUUACGCCCUUUCCCCGGAAGAAGCCUAAACAAUGAACGGCGUAUAUUUAAUUAUCGUUUGUCAAGGGCAAGACAGAAUAUAGAGUGUACGUUUGGUAUUUUGUCUAACAAAUGGAGGGUUUUCCAUACGGCCUUAUUAGUGGAACCAGACUUUGGAGUUGCUAUUACCAAAGCGUGUUGUGUUUUGCACAAUUUCGUUCGACGCAGAGAUGGAUAUUGCCCUGAAGAUACACAGACUUGUGAUAUGGAGGAUGCAAAUGAAAAAGUAGGGGUUGGGAACUCUACAUCUGUUGCAAAAGACGUAAGAGACUAUUUUGUCAACUAUUUCAAUCAACCGAUUCAUGCAUUAAUUUGGCAAAACAAGGUGAUAGGUAAUUAG